AUGCCACUCUCCGUCGCAUCCCUAAAAACCGUAAGCUCGGAGGCAUCAGCCAUCGAGGAGCGCAAGCUGACGUCAGAUGCGCCGCUCGCCGAGGCUGCUGCGCAGGAUCGGGGUGGGUGUGUGGACGAGGUGGUGACACGACCGUCGCUGGUGCAGCUGCUGACGCACCCCUUGGCGCUCCUCCGUGGCAUUCCCAAGGACGCCGCGUUUUUCAUCUCCGGUGCCGUCGCCGGCGCUGCCGCUAAAACCGCGACCGCGCCGCUAGACCGUUGGAAGCUGAUGAUCCAGGUCAAGAGCGUUCUACCGGGGAAGGUCAUCCCGCCGAGGGAGAUCAACCUCGUUAAGUCGUUUCUGGACAUUGGGAAGGAAGGCGGCGUGACUGCUUACUGGAAAGGAAACCUGCCCCAGGUCAUGCGCAUUGUGCCGUAUAGUGCAGUGCAGCUCUUCGCCUACGAGCUCUACAAGAAGCAAUUCCAAGGCAGCAGCAAGGAGCUGUCGGUGCCGGCGCGGCUGGCGGCGGGGGCGUGCGCGGGGAUGACGUCGACGCUGGUGACGUACCCGCUGGACGUGCUGCGACUGCGCAUGGCGCUAGACGCCACCAACGGGAGCAUCGCGCAGGUGGCGAUGGCGAUGGUGAGGGAGGAGGGCGCGAGGUCGCUGUACAAGGGGCUGGGGCCGGCGCUGGUGUCCAUUGCGCCCUACAUCGCGCUCAACUUCUGCGCUUAUGACAUGAUCAAGCGGAGGGUGCCAGAGCAGUACCAGGGCACGCCCCAGGCGAACCUGGUGACGGCGCUGGCAGCCACAACACUGGCGACGGUGUCAUGCUACCCCAUUGACACUGUGCGGCGCCAGAUGCAGAUGAAGGGGUCGCCCUUCAACUCCAUGCUUGAGGCCUUCCCAGGCAUCGUGAAGCGAGAUGGAUGGCUGGGGCUGUACCGAGGCUUUAUCGCCAACACGGUGAAGAACCUCCCUAACAGCAGUGUGCGCCUGACGACAUAUGACGCCGUGAAGAACACCAUUCUCUCCGGCCACUCACAGUGGGACCGCCUAAUCGUAGAGCGCAAGCGUCUCAGCAAGGCCAGGUUAGUUUGCAGUAUGGCCGCAAUGGACGGGAGCGUGUUUCUUCCCGUCCCAGCAGGCGGCAGAGCAGCGACGGACGCCAUGACGGCGGAGUUACCCGACGUGACCAACGGCGCGUACUUCCAUGGCGGCUUCGACGACGGGAUAUUCGGCAUGACGGAUUUCGAUGGCAUCGAGUUCGACAUGGGGUUGGCGCAGGACAACCUGGACGCGGCGCACAAGCUCGGGCUGGGCGGCGCGCCCAUGGCCAUGGCGCGCGACAUGGGCGUGGGCGACGCGCCGGGCGACGACGACGACGACGACAUUUUCACGCAGCUCGCCGCUGCCGCGCCCGACACGCAGUGCGCAGACCCCAGCAUCUCCUUCGCGGCCGGACUACCAACAGCAGCAGCGGCAGAGGCAGCAGAGCCUGCCGCAGCAGUAGUGCCCACGGUAGACCCUUCUCAUCACUCGCAGCACACGGGGGCGGCGGGAGCGUCGCAAGCGGAGAACCAGGAGCGCGCAGGCGCGGGGUGCGGAAGGCCCGAAGGGGGGAAGCGGCGGGGGAUAUUCGAGAUUGCGGAAGUGAGCUUAGCGCCGUACUGCGUGUUGUCGGAGGGAGAGCCGAGCGCGGAGCGUGGAGGAGGCCUCGGAGGGGGCGGAAGCGCGCGUACUGGGGGAGAGGGCAACGCGCAGGGAAAUUUUGCAGCACAAGCGGGGAAUAUGGAAGCUGCUGGCGCGGGGGGAACGGCGGGGGGAGCAGCGGGGGAUGCGGGUUCUCCGGAAGGGUCGGACUGUAGCUUCUCAAUGAGCUCCUCUCCGCCCUCCCCCUCCCGCAUGCGCCAAUACGCGCACAGGCACGCGCGCGCGCACGCGCACGCACAGGGGUUUGCGCAAAAGCAGGCGGAGUUGGAGGGGGCGCAGGCGCAGGCGCAGGGCAUGGGGGUAGUGGGGGAUACCGCGCAUGCGGCGGAUGGGCCGGGUUCUCCGCCGUCGUCGUCGUUCGGGCAUAGCCAGGUGUUCAGCCCCAUGGUGUCGCGCACGCGGCCCGCGCAGAAACACAAGGGCGCGGGGAGACCUGCUGGCGCGGCGGACGCGGCGGGCGGAGCGGCGGUGAAUGGCGCAACGAGCAGAGGUCUGGCGCACGGAGGGGGAAUGGGGGGACAACAUGGCGCAGGGAUGGGGGUCAUGGGGAUGCCCGGGGGAAUGCCGGGGGGGAUGUGGGGGGGGAUUCCCGGGGGGAUGCCGCCUGCCGCGGCGGCGGCGGCGAUGGCGCAGCACCAUGCGAUGGCGGCGGCGCAGGCGAUGCACAUGGCGGCGAUGCAAGGCCACGCCAUGCCCGGACACCCCGCGCAGGGGCACCCCAUGUCCGCGAACCCGUUCCCCAUGCCGCCGCCAGGGAUGAUGCCCGCGGGGAUGCCUCCCCACAUGCCCGGCGCAAUGCCCCCCGGGAUGCCCCCGGGAAUGUCCCCUGGCGCAAUGCCUAACGGGAUGAUGUACCCGCAUGGGCAUCCAUACGCUAUGCAGCACAUGCAGCAGAUGCACAUGCACAUGCACAUGCAACACAUGCACAUGCAGCAAGCACAGCAACAGCAGCAGCAGCAGCAGCAGCAACAGUCGCAAAAAUCCGGAAACACUUCCUCCUCCGCCAUACCCGCGGACGACGAUUCCCCCAUGCCCGCCGCAUCCCACGCGCCGUCCCUCCCCGCCCUCCCCGGCCUCCCGCCGCCCUUCGUGUUCCCAGGCAUGAUGCCGCCUCCGGGUUUCCCGGGCGGCGCUGCGCCCGCUUUAGGAACCCCCGUGCCAGCAAUGAGCGGCGCGAGUAGGGCGGGCGGGGGGGGCGCGGGAAGAGUCAAGGCGGAGCCGGUUAGCGCCAAGUCGGGUUUUGGUCGCGCGGGGGGGGAUAUUGUACCCGUUAAGAGCGAAUCCGUUAGUCCGUCCAAGUCCCCUCGCCCGCGCCCUGGCGCCCCCAGCGGCAGCAGCUUCGCGCCGAGCCUUCCCCGACGCCGAAGCUACCACGAAGGUUUGGGCGGGUUGCAGGCUGCGGCUCGGAUGAGCGUGAGCUCAGCCUCGGCGGUGCCGAGGAUGCAGACCGCGUCAGGUUCUGCAUCAGGAGCUUCGGGCUUCGGGUCUUCUGCUGCGGUGGCGGCGGCGGGGGGCGCACCAGGAAUGGCGGCGGGAAUGGCGCCGUCGAAGAUGCGGCGCGUGGCUUCCAUGGGGCAGCUGUCGCACCACAGCCGCGCAGGCGGAGGCGCCGAGGGGGAGCGAUGGGCGGGCGCGGGAAGCGCAGGUUUUGGUAUGGGCGGAGGCAUGGGCGCGCGGAGAAAGCUGGGGAUGGGCGCGGGGACUGGCGACGGCAGCAGCGGAAACUCAGGUAGCGAGGGGGACGGGAGCGGGGGAGACGGCGCGGGGACGCGCGGAAGAGCAGGGGAAGCGGCGGAGCUGGGGGAAGAGGAGGGGGGAGAAGACGAGCUGAAGCCUCUGCCGUCGAUUCACCUUCAGCAGCAGCAGCAGCAGAUGCUGCUGCGCCAGCGCCUGUUGCAGCGGCGGGGGAUGAUGCCCCGAAGCCACAGCAGUCACUCUCUAGGGCAGCUGCAUAGGCAGGCGCUCGCAGCUGCCGCGGCAGGCGGAGGUGGAGGCGGAGGCGGAGGCGGAGGCGGGGGCGGGGGUGGGCGCGCGGGGCCAGCGGGUAGCAGCGUGGGAGGGGCGCCGUUAGCUUCCCCCAGGAGUAUGGGGCCUCCGCAGAUCCCCCCUGUUUCUCCCCGCGGGGAAUUCGCAGGGGCGCAGGCUGGCGGAAGCAGCAGCAAGCAGCGGGGGAUUGGGGGAGCAUCUCCGGAGGAGUCAGGGGGGGCGGGGAUGGGCGCUCGACCCGGUGCAAUGGGCGGAAGCAGGGGGGGGCAGGCGGGGGGAGCUGUUACGAUGGGGCAAAUGCGCGGAGGUGGGGGCGCGGGAGCAGAUUCGCGGGGGAUGAUGGGGAUGGAGGGGGGCGGAGGGAUGAGCGCAAUGGCGGGAUUGACACCCCCGCGGCUUCCAUCGCUGGCCGGAAUGCGGAGAGUGCAGAGCACAGGCGAUAUCCAGUCACAGAGUGCCAUGUCAGGGCUGCCCUUCCCCAUGGGGGGUGGCUUGGGGGAUGAUGGCGGUGCUGUGUUCCGUGUGGGGCGCUACACUGUGGAGGAUCGCCAGCAGCGCAUCUCUUUGCUCCAGCAAAAACCCCUUUGCUCCCUGAGCGCCAUGGCUGGGCUGCCCUUCCCCGUGGGGGAUGACGGCUCUGGUGUGUUCCGCUCUCUGAGCGCCAUGGCUGGGCUGCCCUUCCCCAUGGAGAACGAGGGAGGGGGAGUGUUUCGCUCCCUGAGCGCCAUGGCUGGGCUGCCCUUCCCCGUGGGGGAUGACGGCUCUGGUGUGUUCCGCGUGGGGCGCUACACCCUGGAGGAGCGCCAGCAGCGCAUCUCCCGCUACCGGCAGAAGCGGCACGAACGCAACUACACCAAGAAGAUCAAGUAUGUGUGCCGCAAGACUCUGGCAGACAGCCGCCCGCGCGUGCGGGGAAGAUUCGCGCGCAAUGAUGACAUGGAGCAAGGGGACGGCAGCAACAGCCACGGGGAUGAGGGGGAGGGGGAGGGGGAACUGCUACCAGACGAUCUCCCAUUGGCCGACGAUUUCUCCCCGGAAGAGUUUUCCGAGUUGCUGUUUGACGGGCCCUUGGGCACUGCUGAUGCUAAUCCUAGUGUAGGGUGUAGCCUUGAGUGGGUAACUAAGCAAGCACUACAGCCUCCUUACCGCGUAGCCAUGGCGGCUCUCGCGUCCUCCUGCGUUUCCCUGGGAGCGGUCUCUCUGCCGCCCCAGGCAGUGCAGCCCAGACGAGAGCAGCUUGGCGUCUCGCGACAACGACAACCCUACCGCCGGUUGCCCGUGUCACUAGCUGCAGCCUCGCCUGAAGGCAACCAGGCCUCCACAGCCACGGACACGCCUCCUGCUCCUGCUGGUAGCAGUGAGAGCAGGGUCUCUGGAGACGUGUGCAAGGCGUGUGGCAGGACAGAGAGGGUGGGAGGCUGCAAUGGGGAAGGUCGUAUUCAGGGCGGUGUCGGUGCACUCCCAGGCUUUCAGUGGUUUCCGGUGAAGGUGUAUCGGCCGUGUCCCGCGUUUGUUGAGGCCGGAGGAAAGUACAAGCGCCUGGGCCAGAGCCUUGAUGAAAUGGCGUUUGGUACGAAAGCCGAUGGGGACGACAAGGACAUCUCUGAACGCCUCAAGGGGUAG